AUGUCGUAUUCCCGAUCCCCGAGGCCUUACACCCGAAAGCCGAAGACAGACAUUUUCACCCCCAAUGACACGGAUAUCGACCGUCGCCAGUGCCGGCGCGUGGUGCCCAUGAGAGUGCUGGCACUCGGUCUGGGACGCACAGGAACCGUUUCUCUGCGGGAGGCCCUGCAAAUCCUGGGUUUCGACCCGUGCUACCACAUGCUCUGCGCGAGCACCGAAAAUCCGUCCGACUGUCUCAUGUGGUCCGAUGCUCUGGCCGCAAAAUACGAUGGAGAGGGAGAAUUUGGCAAAGAGCAGUGGGACCAGCUAUUGGGCCAUUGUCAGGCCAUCUGCGAUUGGCCGGCAGUUGCCUUUUCGAAGGAGCUGAUGGAGGCGUACCCGGACGCAAAAGUUUUGCUAACCACGCGGGAUGUCGAUUCUUGGUAUCAAUCGACCCUCGGAACUGCCAAUUGGCGUGCAAACGAUCCCGAGCUGCGCAUGCUGUCCAAGUGGGAUUGGGGCGCUAGCCACUAUUACCCAAUGCUUCACAAAUUCUGGACCUGCUUUUUCAAGGGCGACUUCGAGAAGCACGGCAAGGAAGUCUUCAACGAGUACUACGCCGAGAUGCGUGCCACCGUUCCCCCCGAGCGGUUACUUGAGUACCACAUCAGUGAGGGCUGGGAGCCGCUCUGCAAGUUCCUCGACGUCCCCGUGCCCAAGGUGCCUUUCCCGCACGUGAACGAUACCAAAGGCUUCAUAAAACGAUGCAAGGGAAGGAACAGGGCGCAGAUUAUGGUCGGAUUCAGAACACUAUGGCCGGCCGCGGCCGUGCUGCUGUGGCUUCCGGUCGCCACGGGGAUUGACUUGUGGGUGGUUAAUGAUGAGAGCGUGAUGCCGACUUCCUUGUUUCUCUCACGCCCUGACAUAACUCCGCCCGAAUUGGACAUCACAGUCUACAAGCCCGAGGCCAUCACUCCAGGCUACUUUUUCCUGGCCCCGUGGCGCCGCCCGAGAGGCGGCCCAGACCAUGGUCCCUACAUCUACGACAAUGAUGGGAACCUCGUGUGGAGCGGUGCCGCAAGCUUCGGCGGCAUCAACGCCUACAACCCGCACGUCUGCCAGCACAACUCAAAAGACCACCUCUGCUUCUUCCAGGGCGAAGGGCGCCUCGGCUACGCGAAAGGCGUCGGCAUGGUGCUCGACUCGUCCUACGACCUAGUCAAAAUGGUCAAGCCCAGCGGCUCCCUCUCCGGCACAUCCGACAUGCACGAAUUCCGGCUCGCCGACGACGGCCGCACCGCGCUGAUGACCAUCUACCAGACGGUGCCGUACGACCUGAGCCCCUUCGGCAUCACGGGCGGCUUCGGCUGGAUCGUCGAAGCCGUCUUCCAGGAAGUCGCCGUCGACACGGGCGAGGUCGUCUUCGAGUGGCGUAGCCUGGACCACGAGGAGACGAGCCCGCUGCACGGCGAGAAGAUCCUGCCGGGCAACACGCUCGUCGGCGGCCGCGGCGUGCACCCCAUCACGCCGUGGGACUACUUCCACAUCAACGCCAUCGACAAGGACGAGGAUGGCAACUACCUCAUCUCCUCGCGGCACCUGUCGACCAUCUUCAAGCUCUCCGGCGACGACGGCCGCGUCCUCUGGCAACUCGCCGGCGACACGGACUUCGGAUACGAAAAGGACUUCAACUUCUCCUCGCAGCACGACGCGCGGGAGCUGCACGCAAACGCCACGCACAGCACCAUCUCGCUCUUCGACAACGCGAGCAACUCGUGGAAAUGGACCGCCCGCCACUCGCGCGGCCUCGUCUUCUCCGUCGACCACACCGCGCAGACGGCCACCCUGCUCUCCGAAUUCGCGCCGCCGGCAGUCCGGCCGCACAACGAGUCCGACCCGCUGUCCGCGGGGUCCCAGGGCAACCUGCAGGUGCUGAGCAACGGCAACGCCGUCGUCGGCUACGGCGAGUACCCGUUCUUCGCCGAGCACAGCGCCGACGGCGAGCUGUUGCUGUGGGGCGCGAUAUCGCGGAAUAACUCGUUCAUGAUGCAUUAUCGCGCGCAGAAGUUCAACUGGACGGCCAGCCCGCGCGAGGCGCCGACCAUGUUUGUGUAUUCGCUGGAUGGGCAUGCGUCUGGGACGGUGUUCUAUGUGAGCUGGAACGGCGCGACGGAGGUGGCGAUGUGGAAGUUUUAUGCGGGCCCGGCGCCCAACGGGCCGUGGGAUUUGGUGGGGAGUGCGGAGAAGGACGGGUUCGAGACGAGGUUUCAGGCAAGGGGGUACUAUCAGGAGUGGAGCUAUGUGGAGGCGGUGGAUAAGGACGGCAAUGCGUUGAGGAAGUCGACGGUGUACAAGACGUUCAGGCCUGGCGACAGCUUGAAGAAGUCGUGCGAUGAGUGGCGGUGCAAGGUCAUGGAUGCGCCGCCGCAGCCGUCGAAGGAAGAGCAGGAUUCCGAGGUGAAGCUGACGGCGGAGGAUGUGGACUGGGAGAAUGUCAAGUACAACAAUCCGGCUGAGGGAUUACGGCCGCUGUUGAGGUCGGAGUCGACGACGACGAGCUGGUGGAAGAGCUACGGGUGGGGCGUCGUGCCGCUGGCGUUGUUAGGGUUAGCCUUGCUUUUGAUCUUGGCUGUGGGAGCGUGGUCGGCGCACAAGCUCUAUGCUAAGUACAGGAGUAAUAGCUUGAGCCUGAUGAGUAGACGAACGUAUCAGAAGGUCGAAAAUCCUUCAGAGGAAACUUCAUAG